AUGCAGGGGAAACGAAACGAUGUUGUUCCACCAUCGAUAGCAGUCCAGCGGCCGUCGUUUCGGCAUUCGCCACAUUCAAUGUCGAUGCCCUCGACCCCAAACUAUCAACAACGUCACAUGACCAACGGCGUCUCCCGGAGCCCUUCGCCACCUACCUGUAUGCUCGACUCCCCACGCUCGGCCGCUUCCGAACCCCUAUCCACCGUCAUGACGUUUUCCAAGGCACCACCGCCACCGAUGAGUGGAUGCAGGUACGAGACGUUGUUGAUCGACGCCAAGAGGCGGAUACCAUAUUCGCUGGGGAGCGAUAGGCUCAAGCCGGAGAAGCCGCUGCUGGAAAAGCUGCCGCUCUCCCGCGAGGAGGCAUUGACGAGAGAUAUGGAGUUGGAAUUCGAGAAGUUGAAGCCCAGCAAGGAGAGCGAAGAUCGGAGACGAAAGUUCUUGGACAAACUCUCACGGAUAUUGAACGAGGAGUGGCCCGGUCACGAUACAAAGGUGCAUGCGUUUGGUUCAACUGAGAAUCACCUUUGCAUGGAAGAUUCAGAUGUGGAUGUCUGUAUCACCACCAAAUGCAGGGAAAUCGAGUCGACAUGCAAACUGGCGAAGGCACUAGCAAAACGCGGUAUGGACAGGAUCGUAUGUGUGCCAGGAGCCAAGGUGCCGAUCGUAAAGAUUUGGGAUCCGGAGUACAUGGUGGCGUGCGACAUGAAUGUCAACAGCACCCUGGCACUCGAUAAUACGAGAAUGAUCAAGACCUAUGUGGAGAUCGACGAGCGAGUUCGGCCGCUGGCACUGAUAUUGAAGCACUGGACGAAGCAACGAGUGUUGAAUAAUGCCGCCAUCGGAGGAACGCUGAGUUCUUACACAUGGAUCUGCAUGAUUCUCAAUUUCUUGCAGACGCGCGAACCCCCGGUGCUACCAUCGUUACAUAUGCUCCCUCACAAGAAGAAGCCACCAAAUCACGGCGUGGAUGUUUCCUUCGCCGACGACAUCGAGACGUUACGAGGCUGGGGGAAGGACAACAAGGAGACGCUGGGAGAGUUGCUGUUCGCCUUUUUCAAGAAAUACGGCCACGAUCUGGAUUACGAGAAGAGCGUGAUAUCCGUGAGGACGGGGAGGCUGCUGGCCAAAGCGGACAAGGGCUGGGUAUAUCAGCAGAACAAUCGGUUAUGCGUCGAGGAGCCUUUCAACACCACCCGGAAUUUGGGCAACACUGCGGAUGAUUGCUCGAUGCGCGGAAUACAUCUGGAGUUUAGGAGGGCACAUAGGCUACUGGCCGAAAAGGGGGAUCUGGCCGAGUGUUGUGAGCAGUUCGAAUAUCCGCCAGAAGAAAUCCAUCCGUUACCGCCACCGCCACCACCAUCACGGCCUGUUACCUUGUCUAGGAGCAAUUCCAAUCAUAAGAAUCGAAACAAUGGGUUCUCCGCGGGAGGUCAGCGCGGGGGAGGACAGGGAGGACGGUUUCAGUAUAACAACCAUAAUCGGAAUCACAACCAGAACCGCCGGGGCUCCAAUGGUGCUGCGUUUAAUCAGAACAUGAUGCAGCAACAACAGCAACAACAGCAGCAGCAACAGCAGCAGCAACAACAGCAGCAGCAACAGGCGCAACAGCAACAACAUCCUUACUACCCUGCUGAGAUGUUUGGUUACGUCCCAACCACCCAAGAGCAGCUGGCUCUCAUUCAGGCUCAGAUUCAGGCGCACGCCCAUGCUCAGGCGCAACUGAUUCACGCCGCCCAAGUUCACGCGCAAAUGCACUCGCAGCAUCAGAACGGGUCUCAAUCGCAAUCAAACGGCACGACACCUUCCCGGGAAGUUGCCAAUCCGUUCUUUACGUGGCCAUACCUAGCCCAUCUCUACGGACUCAACCAGUUUUACAAUGGAUUCCCCAUGGGUCAGGGUGCUACAGGCGGUGAUGUACCGACGGUAGGGGGGUCACCUCCACGUACGCCGGCAGCAAUGGUUGAGGGGGUGAACGGCAACAGGCUCGGGUCGGGUCGUGGCGGUCGCCGGAACGGGGGCUAUACCAAUGGUUCGCGAUCGCAGUCACAGCCACCGUCGCUGUAUCCCACCAAUGGAUACGGUCGAAGCGUGCCAGUCGUUGGUGUUGCGAACUCGGAGGACGAUGACUUUGCUGACCAUUCGUCGAACAGCAACCAGCCCGAGACGCCACCGGAAGAGGAAGCCGAUGAGUAUGUUGGUUACUACACGAUAGGCCAGGCACUUCAGUCGGAUCUUGACGUAGUGGUUGGGGAGGACGAACAGGGGACGGAGGAGACGUUUCUGGAGCAGAAGACUGUUGUGGAUCGACACAAACGAGUUUCAAACGAGCGGCUACCUGCUUCGAUGUUGGGACUGGUGCGAGGGACUUCUCCUGGUCCUGCGAAUCGGAAAGGGGUCGCCGUGAAUGGGAACUUAUCCCAUCCAUUCGUGGGUCCGAAUCCCGGCGAGCUUGUGUUUCCGUUUGUUGCUAGUGCUGCAGUCAACGGCGUCAACGGUACAUCCGCGAAAAUAGACGUCGGCAGCCAAGGGUACGCGCAGAAGCUACUCGAGGUGCACAAUCAGAGAUUGGACGCGACACUCCGUGGGUCUGCUGCACAGCACGACCAGCCUUCGACUUCUUACUCGGGUGUUCCGGUUUCACCAGCUACCACCAUGUCGACAUUCGACGGUUCAAAUUCGGAGGGUGGUCAAGCGGAGAGUUCGGAUUCGCUGAAGAUGUCGCCGAGCGUGCGGCAGCGCACUGCUGCUCAACAGGCCAUGAUCCAGGAAGACUUGACGCUCUCACCUGUCGUUGAGGUUCCGACGCCACCUCCUCAGACUUCGGCACGGAAAGGACAGGAACCGAAAUCUCCGACGGAUACGGCCAAGCGGGAAACGAAGCCGGUCGGCAGUGGCAAUGGCGGGUCGAAGAAGAAGAAUGUUUCCUCCUCCAACACCAAGGACGAUCCGGUCCCUCCUACGCCUGCACCAGAGAAGUCUGGUCAGCAGCAGCAGAGGAACGGCAAUGCUAGGUCUAAGGGUAACGGAAGCAACAAGUCUACACCCACCAAAGGCAAGAAAGAACCUACUGAGACCAAGGUGGAGGCAAAGGCUGGAGAGGCCAAUGGGGCGAGCACGGCUACUAGUGGUACCCCUAAGGCCACAUUCAAGAAGUGCAAGCCGAAGAGACGUACAAUACCCAACAUUCGGGAGGUGGCAGCAAAGGAUGCCGAGAGGAAGGGCGGAUGA